AUGUUGAGGAAAUCUCACCCCGUCCUCUCCCUCAAAAUACGGCCACACUUUACAUCAAGAGGUGAUGUCUCUCACCUGUCGGUAUCUUACACCAUACCCAAAUCAGCCUUCACGGGCCCAAACCCGCACUUAAACUACACAACUUGGUUCGGUAACUUUGCCGCACAUCCAUACACAGAGUCGGACAUAUAUGCGACGGAUACCGCCGGACGCUUGCCAUUUAUAUUUGUGGACGAAACAAGCACCCUGCAGCAAUGGCGCCUCGGCAGAGAUCCCUUCAGCGACUUGACCUUGAAGAUGGACGUCUUCCCUCGCAAGAUUGAUAGCCAUACUGCUCCUGGCCCGAGAGUUGACUUACGCUUCGAUCAAGGAGGGCUAAUCGGCACUGGUGGCUGGUUUCUGCCGCAGGUUGCCCAGCGCGACCUUUACACACACACCGUCGAAUGGGAUUUGUCUGGGGGAACACCAGGGACGCGCGCUGUCUGGACUUACGGAGAAGGACCUUACCGUGUUGAGCAACUUGGCACUGUCGAUACCUUCACACGCUCUUGUUUCAUGGUUGGGCCUAUCCAGAGCUCCCCACCCGGACCGCAGCUGCACCCUGCGCCUGGCACCUGUGCCACAUACUGGUUUGGAAGCCUGCCACCAGUUCUUCAACGCCUCAAAAGCUUCAACACAGCUUUAUACACACCGAUGGCAGACUUUUUCCAAGACCUGGACGGCUCAUAUCGCGUUUUUAUUCGAACUGCUCCCCGAGGUUGGGGCGGUUCCAGCUUUCUAGGCAGUUAUAUACUGGAAUACAGCGACUCCAUAUUGGACGCAGCAGAUGAAGAAGUCACAAAUCUGCUUGCGCAUGAAAUGGUCCACAGCUUCACGGCUUUGAGCAAUGAGGAGAAUGGCGAGGAGAAUGCCUGGUAUAUCGAAGGAAUUGCCGAGUAUUACGCAAUCUUCCUGCCAUACCGCUUCGGCCUCGUCCCACCAUCCUACGUGACUACGAGGAUCAACGGUAAUUUGUACAGAUACUACGCCAAUCCGGAAAUCAACAUUCCCAUGGACGAUGCAAUGAAAUAUUUCUUUACGUCAUGGUAUUCAGAGUGGAUACCGUACGAUCGCGGGUUUGUAUAUCUUCUCUUGGUAGACGACCAACUACGACGCCUACCUGGUGAGCGCGAUUCGAAUUCCUCCGGUCUCUUCGAUCGAAUUGUCCUGGAGCUCUCGGCGAGAUGGAGGCGAGGCGAAAAGGUUCAGCGAAAAGAUUGGCUUGCGAGUAUCGAUCGUUUCUUGCAAGGCAGAGUUGACUGUGCCGCUCAGCUACACGCCGUCUUGACCGGCAAACCAAGCAUCAACCUCGCGGGCCGGCGCGUGGGAUCGACGAGAAACACGCUGCGCGAGACGAGACAAUGUGUUAUCCAGUAUGGUUAUAGUAGACUGUCUGCAUCGAGGGGCAUUGUUGAAGGCCUGGUGCCCGGAUCGCAUGCCGAGGGGGCUGGCUUGUGCAACGGCGAUGUGAUUGUUAGAACGGGGUCUGUUACCGAGGCUGCGCAGGAUCCUCUUGCGAAAUACUUUGUGGUAGUGAACAGAGACGGGGAGGAGACUCGAAUCGAGUAUUCCCCUCGUGAGGACCGAGAAGUGUCGUGUUGGUUGCUGGAGAGCUUCAAGGAGGACAUUAUACCCGCAAGCUUCAUACGCUAG